CUCAUUUCUCAAGAUCUGUAUGACUAGCUGGUGCCAAUAACCUUGACUUCUGCGCAGCUGUAUUUCGGAAAUCUGACCAGAACAAACAGAUAACAGAUCGUCUGCCAUUGUCGUCGCUCAGUGAAUGUAGGAAAAAUGAAGUUUGCUUUGGUGUUUUUAGCAGUCUGUGUGGCGUACGUGUCUGGGGAAUGUAACCACCAGUCCAUCAUAGACAACUGCCAGAGUUUCGCUACGGAGAUGCAAGACAAAGAACGACAGAAGGACAAGACGGAGAUUUGCAAGAGUUUAAACGGAUACCUCGAGUGUAUGAAGGAUGCAGGAUGCCUUGACGACAAGGCCUAUAAAAGUGCCUUAGAUGGUAUGAGGGACAUGAAAAAACAAAUGGAAUGCUCUGCAGCUACUGGGUUGGUUCCAUCUUUGACAACACUGAUAUUUGCAGUUUUUGCCUUCAUCCUGUACAAAUAAUGUGUGAAUCUUUAUUUAUGUUGAAUAAUCUACCUUCACAUUAGCUUAUCAUUCCUUUUUUUUUGUACAUGUUAUACAAUUUGUGUGUGUCUUCUUAAACAUGAUGUCCAAGAUGAGAUAAAUGCAAUACGAUGCAGCUAUUCGAAGUAAUCAUUGGAUGCGUGUUACAAAUGAAACAUAAACUCUCUGAUAGAUUGAUAGAUGGUAAAUGUGGAAUGGAGUCUUAAUUAGUAACGUAGAUAAACAUAACUUUGGCUCAGUAGAGUUUUAUUUUUAGGGAUUUCGAGAAGAAAAAAAGCAUGAUUUGCCUAAUAACCCGAAUGACUGUCCAUGAUGAAUGAAAUUUCAUCUGAGCACGAAAUGGUGUUGGUUAUAUCAGGUCUACUAAUAAAAACGCGUAUAUUGUUUCAAA